AUUUUCGUCUAGAUUUUAAUGUCAGUAUUGAUAGUGAUAAUUGUAUUUUGUAGUUUUAGUAUUUAAGAAAUUUGUCAAUUUGCCUAAAUAGCCAAUUAAUUUACCCGUUCUUCUCUCAUACCAUGCAAAAUCUAUAAAUUUUGUGGAAGCUGAAAUUUCGAAAAAUAGUGGCCAGCGUGUGUAGAUCUGGCAUCAUGAAUACUGAUGUAUCUACAUCUCAUGAUAGGAACUUCAAUGAUCCAAUUCCGUUUCAAUAUGAUUCUAUUUCCCCACUCAAUGAAUGUCAAACAAAAGAAGCUAAAAGAUUAUGCAUUUUUGAUAUGGCUUACAAAAGUAACGGCCAGAAGUAUGACAUAGGAGGAACUUUCGCAGGUGAUACGCCGGAGCUUCAUUUCUAUUACACAAUCACCACCAAGUUAUACCACUGCUAUAUUAUAAAUCUCUUUGUAUUUUACCGUUCUGUGGGGGCAUUUGUACUUGGUAUCAGUAAUAGUACUAAGUUUAGCACUCAAGAUAUAAAUACCUCAGAUGCUAGUGACUACAUAUUCUUACCUCAAGAACUGAAAUGGAAAACAUUUCGAUCUAUCGUCCCCAAUGAGAGCCAUCACAUAAAAUCCUACUGCUUUUCUAGAAAUGAUCUUGAAAUCAUUGCCGAUAAGGGUUUAUGCAUUCCUAUUGCAAUAGAUACAAAUCCACUAUGUCUUUUGGAUAUUGGAGCUGUCCAGCUGAUAAAAUCAAACCACAAUUUGUCUGAGUUGCUCCAGAAAGAUAAAAAUUUUACAAUGAUAAGCAUAAGUGGAAGAAAAUACGAAAUAAAUAAGAUUGUGCUACUGGCCCAUAGUCCUGUGUUAAGAGAAAUUGUUAGGAAUACAAAUUCUAAUACAUUGAUGCUUGAUAUUGACGACAGCAAGAUGGAGAUUCUAUUGGAAUAUCUGUAUACGGGCACCAUCCAUGACAUCGUGCCACAGAAACAUGACUCCAUAUUUGGUGUAGCCGAACAAUUCCAACUAGAUAACCUUAAGAUACUCCAGAACGUGAUCUGUGAGCAGAUGAAUAUUAAUAAUGCUAUUGAUUUGCUUGUAUUAUCAGAAAAACAUAACCUGUUCAACCUCAGGAGGGAGGUGUUUACAUUUAUAAAAGAAAAUCCAGCGGUUCUGGACAGUGAAUCCUGGAAGAACUUGAAAGAUUUAGAUCUCACUAAGAAAAUAUUCAAAGAACUGGCAUUGAGUCAAAAAAUGCAAAUGUAAACUAAACUAAGUCUUUUUUAUGUAAAUGUAACUAUUUUUAUUUUGUUAUCUUGUUUUCUGUUUACUUUUGUGAUACUAUUUUAUAAAUUUUGUAAUGGCAUAGCCACAUAUUCUAAAUUAAUUUUAAGAGCAUAUAUUUGUUGUUAUGCCAAUCAUACUAUUAAGUCACUUUUGUAACUGAGUUAUUAUUCCUUAGGGAAAUGUUGAAUUCACUGAUGUUCUUAUAAAUAUAAAAUGAGAAAAUCAUUCAACAUUUUUCUUCUAUAUAUAUCUCAACUCAAUAUGCAUAACAUUUACAUUAAGAUAUUAUAUACCCAAAUAAAACAAAAAAAAAACUUU